AUGGAUUUUCUAUGGCUAGAGCCAUGGUUCAUUAUCCUAAAUCUUAUCGGGAUUUGUUUCUCCCCUCAGACUUUUGCAGUAUCUGGAAAAGCGGGCGGCGCGGAAACCAAAAAGCUGGAUACCGAGGAACUGAUCGCCCAAACGACCGUCCUGCUCGUUGCAGGUCAAGACACAACCGCAAACGCACUGGCCUUCUGUCUGAUCGAACUCGCCCACAACCCCGCACUUCAAGAACAACUCCGCACCGAAAUUCAGGCCCGCGCGCCGGCGCAGCAUUACAAUCAACUACCGCUGCUCAACGCCGUGGUCAAAGAGGCGCUGCGGAUGUACCCUGCGGAACCUGUCACAGACCGGCUUGCAUAUGCAGACGACAUUAUCCCUCUAUCGGAGCCGGUUCUGGAUCGCCAUGGGCGGAAGAUCGAUUGCAUCCCUGUCCGAAAGGGCCAAGUCGUGACCAUGGCCAUUGGCUCGAUGGCGUCCCGAUGGGGAUCAGACGCGAUGGAGUUCAAUCCAAUGCGAUGGCUGGAGGGAGGCUCGGCCCAUACCAGCGACGUCAUAGGCCCUUACGCGAAUUUGUGA